AUGUUGCAGUCCAUAGAUAUAGAGGAGAUAAACAAACGUGAAAAACGGGGAUUGAUCAAUAUAGUAGGACAUAUUCAGAAGACGUUAUUCGGAACGUUGGACGACGAGGACGGGGAAAUGUACAACACGCAAAUAAGGGAACUCCAAAGUAGUAGAGUAGGUCUGUUAAAAAUAGUUGAUAAACAAACUAGUAUAUUAAAAUUAACAAAUAGUGUAUUUAGGGAAGCGCAGUUAAUGGAAAACCAAAUCCGAAACUUAAAUAUAUCAUGUAGCAAUCUCGAAACUAGCUUAAAACGCGUAUGGUAUCAACUAGAUGAGUUAGAAAUACUAACAACAACAAUAAAUUUAAUAACAACAUUGUUACUGCUACUGCAGCAAUUAGUAUUCGAAACAGAUAUGGUAUGUGAGAUAAUAUCGGCAGCGCAAAACGGUAUAAUACAUUCAGGUAUGAUAUCCACUAAAGAAUUAAGAAUGCCGCUGCGGGACAUAUUAAUAAGUUUGCCCGGGCAGUUGAAAUUACCUUUCGAUGUAAAUUAUAUAGUAUCACUCUACGAAUUAAGUAAGACUUCAAAACUGGCUAGUGGCUAUAUGAAUGGAACUCUCGUAUUCGAGUUAGUAAUUCCAUUACUAAACCCAGUAGAAUUAACACUAUACCACAUAAUACCGUUGCCGCGAUGGCGGUACGUAAAGAACAGCUAUAUAUGCACUUCACACCCGAAUUCGAAUACAUGGCCAUUUAAAAAACACACGAGUACUAUUUAA